AUGUCUCAAAAAGUCACAUCCCGCAUAUCAUCAUGUUGUUGGCGGUCUCUUCUCUCCGAGUUCCGCCCACAACAACCCCUCCGUCGCACACUGGUGACCCUCCAACGAGGUCCCGUCGAAAAACUCGCAAUCCCCGAAUCCCUCCCACAACAGUACUGGCCACAACUCUCCCCACGAUUCAGGCCGAAUCUUAGUAAAGACGAGAUUAAAGUCCACGAUGCACCCACCUCGGAAGCAGAAUCCUGCAAAGACCCCAUCGCGAUAAUUGAUCAAAGACAACUACGUCUACUCGACCCCACAGGCUUACGAGCAAGACUCUUCGACAAGACAAACAAAGACCGUGCGAUGGUCGGCGAUGUCCUUCUCGUCACAUUCAAGACCGGCGACCCUGUCUCCGGCACGAUACUGUCAAUCAAGGGCUCCGGCCCGCAUACCUCGGUUCUGCUACGAAACCACUUGACGGGUGUUGGAAUGGAGAUGAGCGUCAAAGUGCACAGUCCGCUCGUGCAGAGUAUGGAAGUGGCGCAACGGACGCCCAAGAGGAAGAGGCGUGCUAGAUUGUAUUACCUGCGCAAACCGGAGCACGAUCCGGGCAGUGUGCAAAAGGUGGUGGAUCAGUAUUUGAGGCAGAGAGCGAUGUUGACUGGUGGGAAACGGACGACGCAGCACUCUGGGCCGAGGACGAAGAGGGGGAAGAGAUGA